AUGCUGUCCGAUUCAGCGGUUAGCAGUGACCAUUCCGACGAGCACUUGAUGCCCGCGAGUUACCACUGGAUACGCUUUAAAUGGAUGCUAUUCAAGGAUUCCUGCAAACAUUGGAAUAACAUUCCCGUAUUUUUGUUUGCUCUACUAAUGCCUAGCAUCUGCUGUUUGAUUGUUGUUAUUCUACGUUAUCAGAUACCAGGUCAACAUAUAACAGCGACGAAUUUCCCGGUAACAAAUAUUAGAUUCUCGUGGCUUAAGUUAUUAAUGCUCAUAACCGAACGUCAACAAAAAUUUGCCGAAUACCAUGGCGGUAAUGCCCAUAGCACUGAACAACAGACAUAUAACUCAUUUACUCCACGAAUAACUAUUGCUUAUGCGCCCAAUUUCGAAGCUAUAAGAAACAUAAUGCACCAGGUGUAUUCUAAUUUUUCGCUGAGAGGUAAUGAGUACGUGAUAUUCUCAACUUGUGAUGAACUUCGCGAGAAAAUGUCAACAGAUUAUUAUUUAGUCGGUGUUUGUUUCAAUGCGGCCUAUUUUCAAAUUGAAACCGAAUCCAUUUACAAAGUGGGCAUUUAUCCAAAUAGAUUGGAUUAUAGUAUCAUAUUGCCCAGCGAGUUGCGUAGCUACCAAAAACUUGGCGAUACUUGGGAUACAACAGAUCUGUAUGCGCAAUUAGGUUCCUAUGAGCAUAGUCAUGGAUUUGAAAAUUAUAUCAACGAAGGAUUUAUUAUGAUACAAAAAAUGAUCUCAGAAGCAUAUAUUCAUUUAAUAACUAAUUCAACAGUACCUGCCGGUAAUAUAAUAAAUUUACGUAGAUUUCCCGUAGCAGAACACUACUAUGAUCCCCUUGCGGAUGUGUUGGAAGUGCGCUUAUCUUUGCUGCUGGUCGGAGCGUAUACGCCUUUGAUAUUAUAUUUAGUUUGGGUGUGGAAAUUCUUAGUCCAUGAACGUGAGGCCAAAUUGGAUAAGUUAUUGGGAAUUUUGGAUGUGACUGCCUUGGAGCAGUUCUACAGUUGGUUCGUUUUUACCAUGGCCGCAAUGUCAGUCGGCACUAUUAUUUUCCUAAUUAUCUUAAAGAUUCCAUGGAACCAUGGCUUUGGUGUCUUCAAUAGAUCUUCUUUUAGCUGCUUAUUCGCCUUGCUUACUGCCUUCAAUAUAAAUGCACUCAGCUUCUGUUUUAUGAUAUCGAAUUUCUUUCGGAGUCCCACAUUAGCUGUUGCUGCAGCACCAAUGUUUUGGGCCUUACUCUGUAUACCAUAUGCUGCUCCAACCGAAUCAAAUUUUGUUUUUGUUUCCGUUUUCGGUAAUUCCGCAUUUGGGCAAGCCAUGCACAACAUAUUUCAACUUGAACACUAUAAUGGCCUUAAAUGGUCUAACUUAUUCAAGCACGACGAUUUGCCCGAGUAUUACUACAGUGUUGGCACACUUGGUGUGAUAAUGUUUGGUUUAAGCAUAAUCCAAAUAUUAAUUGGUAUAUUUGUACAGAAGAUAUUCAAUAAAUUAAACAGAUUCUUCAUCAAAUCAUUCAAACGAAGUAAGAGUGAAACCCGCGAAACCACGGAAAGCACGCGAUAUUCGAGAACCAUUUUAUUUGAGGUGCGAGCAACGCACAAGCCGGUAUUAGUGGAACUGUCAUCGAUUACAGUGGAGCGAGGGAAUAAAAUAAUUCUCAAUGACAUUGCGUUAACUCUCUAUGAAGAUGAAAUCACUAUAUUGAUGGGACAUAAUGGCAGUGGUAAAACCACGCUGCUACAGGUUAUUGCUGGUUUCAUACAACCCACUUCGGGUAAAGUUGUGCUCAAAGAGACCAUUCGGGAAAAUACUGUAGAUAGCUCCCGCGAUUUUAUGGGCGUCUGUUUUACAGAUUCCCUGCUAUUUCAACAGCUAAAUGUCAAACAUCAGUUGACGCUUUUUGGUAGAUUGAAAGGCUUAAACUCAAAUGAUAUGAAAAAAGAAGUGAAAAGAUAUUUGGAUGCGCUUGAAUUGGACGAGGUUAAAUAUAAACGUACAGAAUGGCUGACAUGUGGCCAACGCAGCAAAUUGGCUGUGGGUUGUGCACUUAUUGGUGGUAGUAAAAUUGUUGUAUUGGAUGAUGUGACCUUGAAGUUGGAUGUGCGUGACUAUCAGCUUAUCUGGAGAUUGCUGGAGAAAGAGAAGUUUGGCCGUUGCAUAUUGGUAACGUCUAAUUCAAGCUAUGAACCCGAACUACAUGCUGAUAAUGUGGUAAUGUUGGCAAAAGGACGACUAAAGUGUGCCGGAACUCCACAGUUUCUAAAAUCCAUGUACUGCUUAGGUUUUCACUUGAUUAUUUCUAAAUCAGAACAAUGUAAUCCCGCAGAAGUAACAAAACUUUUGAGUAAGUUCAUGCCAGAUAUUUCACCGACAAGUGAUCUCGUGCAGGAAUUAGUCUAUCUUAUCGAAACAAGUGACGUAGAGAUAAUUGAAAAAGCUUUUCGAGAAUUAGAAGCAGCUAAGGAAAGGCUGGGCAUCAUAAGUAUAGCCAUCAAUGAGACGCCUAUAGAAGAACUAUUUUGCAAGUUGGGUGCCGAACGACCAGCCUAUGAUGAUCACAAACGCUAUUUGAGAAUAUUUAAUGGUCAAAGUAUAACAUCUGCUGACAGUGGCAGGGCUAGUCGUGCUGGCAGUCGCAGUGGCAGCGCCAGCGGCAGCUACAGUGCUAGCAGCGAUGAUGAUCUACUCUUUAUGACAACUCGAAGACGACAACAUAAAAUUAGUGCAAUUCGAAGUAUGAGCAAUCAGUGGUAUGCGAUGUAUUACAAGUUUUACAUCUUCAAUUUGGUAUACAAAUAUUUCUUCCCCGCACUCUUUCUCAUCCUAUUCAUUUGUAUACUUAUAUUUGCGUAUGCAAUGAGACCUGAUGAGAAAUUAUUGCCAAAAUUAAGUGCUAAUAUCGCCGAUUAUGGUAACUCAAUAACACUAUUAAGUGUUCGAACGACUCCCACAACUAAUAUCGAAAACCUAUUGGAAAAAUAUAAACAGUUUAUAUAUUGGAAAAACAGUAAUAUAAAGACGAUAGAUAUCAAGGGCGAAGCUAUAAGUGAUAAUAUGUUGAAUCUACAGCGUCAAAAUCAAUAUAAUAAUUUAAACUUAAAAGUGAUACUUGGUCUAACUAUACAAAAACAUUUUACCGCUUGGUAUAAUGGAUAUCUACCUCACGUCGCACCGCUCUCUUUGAAUAUUCUACAUAAUGCGCUAUUGCGUUACUACUUAAAUACAACCGACGCUAAAAUACUCGUUACUCUCGAACUGCUGCCUAAACAAAUUGGCAUUAUUGCCUCCGAAAUAAAGACAGAAGCAAUAAUUAUUGGCAGCAAGUGGGCUAUACUUUUGGCAGUUAUCCUAUGCUACUUGGUAUCCAUAAAGGUUAUUGUUUUUGUCAACGAACAAUCAACGGGAUUCGUGAGUCUGCUGCGGAGGGCUGGCUUGAAUGGCUUCAAUUUUUGGAUAACUAGUUUUCUCUUCGAUAUGGUCAAAAUUUGUAUUGUGAUGGUAUUAUAUCUCUUGGCUGCGUGGUGGCUAUUACCGCCACAACAUACAUCAGGAUUUGUUUUGCGCUGGGUCGCUUCUUUAAUUCUACUCGCGGGUGCGGCUUUAAUUUCCACUAAUUAUUUCCUCAGCCAAUUUUUUACGAGCAAUUAUCGAGCCUAUUUAGUAAUUACGUCACUGCAAUCGCUCGGUGUAGCCUGUUUUAUAAUAUUUCCGAAUGUAUUGAAGGACUUGUCUUCGACUGCAACAUUGCCACUGCGUAUCUUUCCGCUGUAUUCAUUUUGUAAUGGAGUUUACAACGUAUACAAAUAUAAUGAAAAAUUAAAUUUCUGCAAUAACAAUAUAGUAAUAACAACCUUAUGUAUUGCCAUGGAGGAAUGUAAACAUAUAAUCGGGAAUUGUGAGAACAAAAAACUACAAGUAGAAGAAGAUGCCAAGUACCUUUAUGUAAUCACUGCGCUCAAUUGGCUUGGAAUUAUGAUUUAUGAAUGCAGACACUUCUUCACGCAUGUAGUUCCCUUCGACAAUUCUGAGCGAGCUUUAGAUGAGCAUAAGCGACGACAUGCAAGCGAACCUACUGAAGUGGACAGUGUUACUGCGGAAGCGAUAAAAGUACAAGCAAUGGAGCCACGAAUGCGCAACUACUAUACAGUUAUUUGCGAGAAAUUGGGUCUAAUACAAAAGGGAACAAUUUUGGUGGACAGACUAACAUUCACUAUACAACCUGGUGAAACAUUUGGCAUUAUCGGCACUAAUUGCAAAUGUACAGAUGCUCUACUAAAUCUUCUAGCUGGCGAGCAACGUCCCAGUUUUGGACGUAGUUAUGUCAACACUGUUUCUAUGGUCGACGAACGCCGAAAGGCACUCGCACAUAUCGGCUAUAUUCCAACCAUCAAUUGUGUUAUGCCAGACAUGACAUGCUAUCAAAUUUUGAAAAUGUUCUGUAUUUUGUAUGCAUAUCCGUACAAGGAAAUCGAUGAUAUUUGUGAAAAUUUAUCCGAACAUUUUGGUUUCUAUUCACACUAUAAUGUGCGUUUGGAUCAUUGCAGCAUGGGUAUACGAGAAAGGAUUUCCAAUUCGAUUGCGAUUUUAAUGAAGCCCGCCUUUUUGUGCAUCGGCAGUUAUAGCUGGUGCUUGGAUCCACAUGGCAGGCGGCAACUCUAUCGAUUGUUGAAUGAGUUGUGCAAGCAGGGUACAGCUGUUACGAUGACGUCUGUUGUAAAUUGUUUUACUGAAAUUCUCUGCACAAAAAUAGUUGUCAUGCAGCAUGGGCAGAUUUUGCAUAUUGGCAAACCGAGUGAAAUAGCGUCCGCUAUAGCCCAUGGUUAUUUUGUUACGAUGCGCAUGAGAAAAGUUGUACAAACUCCGCAUGGCUUAUCAUCUAAAGUUUAUUUUCGUUUAACUUCCUUUAUGGAAAAGAAUUUUCCUAGUUCCAUUUUGGUGGAAGAGGGCACAUUAAUGCAAUUCUUUAUACCACACUAUAGCACUACACUGGCAACUCUUUAUAAAAUCAUACGCUUAAACUCUUUCCAGUUGAAUAUUGAGAGUGUGUCGAUUGCAUCAAUCAACAUGAAUUACGUAUUCGGACUAAUAACCGAAAGAGCAAAGAGAUCUAUUAUGACAUAA